UGAUAUUUAAUGACGUAUGUGAGUCAAUUCUUAUUUGGAAGGAAAUAAUUUUAAAAGAAUGGAAAUGAAUUAAAUAAUAGCGAGUUCUGUAAUGAAAUAAGUACGCAAGGACAUGGCUAACCAUUACGAGAUUCCGAACUGGGCAGGUAAACCGCCCGUAGGCCUUCAUUUGGAUGUAUUGAAAGGGGACAAACUUAUUCAAAAGUUAAUGAUAGACCAGAAAAAAUGUUACCUGUUCGGUCGCAAUUCGCAAAUGAACGAUUUUUGUAUUGAUCAUGCGUCUUGCUCAAGAGUGCAUGCUGCGUUGGUUUGGCAUAAGCAUUUAAAUAGAGCAUUCUUAGUGGAUCUCGGAAGUACUCACGGCACAUUUAUCGGAAGUUUGCGCUUGGAAGGAAACAAACCUACUCAGUUGCCAAUCGAUUCAGGUUUUCACUUUGGUGCCUCCACUAGAAACUAUAUUAUUAGGGAACGACCUCAGACUGGUAUCAGGCCUAUCAUCGAUGAGAUUGAGAAAGCCAGUGAAGAAACAGAGGGUGGUCUUUUGGGUCUUCCGGAGACUGAAACGGAAUUAGAUAAUUUGACUGAAUUUAAUACAGCUCACAACCGAAGAAUAUCCAUGCUGGGCAUUACGGACGAUGCGGAGAAGAGAAACAAAAAUAGAAAACGAAAGAGGCAGUCGGUUUCCUUUAAUGAAGAUGAAGAGAUCAUAAAUCCUGAAGACAUUGAUCCCAGCAUAGGGAGGUUUAGGAACCUGGUUCAGACGACAAUAAUACCGACAUCAAGCAAGAGGAUGAAGUUAGGAGAUAGUUUAGGUGUACCGCAUACAGAGUUUAAAGUGCCGAAAGUUUUACAUCAUCCACCAGAUUUGUAUAACGAUCUGCCCCCCGAAACGCAGUCUUCGAGCGUUAGCAAUAUUAAUAUCUACAGUUCACUGAGCUCAAGGUUGGGCAUGGUUUUACCUAAUCCUGCUCCGGAUGUGGAUAUGGGAUUGGCUGCAGCCACACCAUUCAUCCCGCAGCAGGUACAAGCUUCGGACUCUCUAGAACCGAAGAAGAAGAAAUAUGCCAAGGAAGCGUGGCCGGGCAAGAAGCCUGUGCAGACCUUGCUCGUUUAGAGAAUCUGCCGUACCUCAAGUAAUUUGUAUCAAAUUUUUGUUUAUGUUAUGAUCAUCGAUUAUACAUUUUUUAAAUAUUUUAAAUAAUUUUCAUCCUCGUCGUUUUGCGAAACUUUGUGGAUUUCGCAAAUAUUUUUUUUUAUCUAAUUGUACAUAACAUUCAAUAAAGCCAAUUCGAAUCAGGA